AUGGCUAAACGAAUAGCGUUCGAGGCAUACGGGUUGGUCCAAGGCGUUUGCUUCCGCGACUUCACUCAGAAACGAGCCAACAGCUACGGGGUAACAGGCUGGUGCAGAAACACCACGCGGGGAUCAGUCCAAGGCGAGGCUCAGGGGGAAGAGGAGCCACUUAGCAAGCUGAUGAAGGAGAUCUCUUCAGGUCCAAGCCACGCACGGGUAGACGGUGUUGACAAGACCGACAUCGAGCUCAAGGACGGCGAGACAAAGUUCCUGGUUGUCCGCUAG